AUGGCAAAACGCCGACGAGGACCGGGAUCAAUUGAAGCGAACAUAACGCAGAGAAGUGGAAUAAUAGACUCACUGUUCCAAGGAGAUAUGCUUCUUUCAAUAGAUCAACAGAACCAAUUUAUUUCGGAUAAUAGCCUAAACCGUUUCAAGCGGCAAGCUCACAACAGUCUAACCUAUCCCGAGAAACGAUGGCCAAAAAAUGUUACCUACUCAUUGGACGGUAACUUGGGCACAGAGGCCAAAAAAGUCUUCCGAAAGGCAGUUGAAUUAUGGACGAAUAACACGUGUAUCAACUUCGAAGAGGAUAAAGAAGAAACAGCUGAGGACCUUCUUCUUGUGUACAAGGAACAUGGAUGUUGGGCAGAAGUUGGCAGACAG